UUUUGCUAUCAUGUACCAUAAUGAAUCUAAUGUGUGUUGCAGUAACGAAGGCACUCACAAACCAUUGGUUGAAUUUAUCUACAAUUUUUAGAUGCAUAUUCGGCGUUUUCCAGGUAUGCUCGUCUAUGAGAUCUAAUGCAGAAUGUGCAAUGAAUUGAUUUAAAUAAUUGUUAAAUUCAAUUUCAAAUAAAGGAUUAUCGGCAUGACCAACAAUUACAAAAUAAUAAUAAGCUGUCAUUGCAAGUACUUUUAUUGAUGUUAUAUCGAAGAUAAGUAUUUUUCUAUACACAGAGUUAACAUUAGGUAACUUGAUUUUUGUUCAAAUCGUUGUUGCUUUAAUAACUUCAAAAUAACUUCACGCUUUAAAUACUCUGUGAAAACUUCAAAACAUAUUAUUUCAUUACAUCACAUUGGAAAAAAGGCGAACUGUUUUAAACUGACGGAAUGCAGGUUACUAAGUGUCAAAUAUGUUCUAUAGACAACGUUCAAUUCAACUGAUAUAUUGUCCAAUUAAAAAUUUUCAAUAAGUGAAAAUGCACUAAUCGUAAAAGAAAUGUUGCAUAAUAAAAAAUUUAAUGAAUAGUGUGAAAUACAUAUGGGGACACUACUAUGCAAGUUAUAUGCAAUGAUUAAGCCAUAGAAGUUGUAUGGAAACUGCAGACAAUGUAUUAUGAUGAAAAACUUAAAUAAACACGAUGUUUUUACGAUUACUUAAAAUUUAUAUCUUCGUGUGUGAAUUUAUUCAAUAAAAUAUGUAUCUUCUUAGAGAUUUAAUGUGUUCUUAAUGAAGAAUGAUUUGUAAAAUACAUUUUCGUUUGUUCGUACAUAUGAUUUAGUUUCCCAAAGACCAUUUUAUCCUGCGAUCGUUAUCAUUAACUCAUUAUUGUUUUGCAGUGUACGCAAUAUUUGCUUUGCAAGGUAUGUAUUUAAGUUCGCGUUUGACGUCAUUUAUUAGGUAGAAUUGGACCGCAGGUGUUAUAAAGCAAAGAAACACAUGUCUAAACCCAUUGUUUAACAAAGUGCUCUUCGACGGAGAAUACCGAAAAAUCAUUUUAAACAUAGAACAAGCAAUAUUACUUUGGACAUUACUUUAAAAUAAGUACACAGAAUGAAGAUACAUAAACAUUCUUCUAUAAAUUACUGCUUUUUACCUGAUAGUAAAAAUAAUUGAAAAAGGCAUGUCUAUUUUCAAAAAAUACAUUUUUGGAAUGGUCAAAUCAAUUUUGGAUUUGUAUUUAUAUCUACAAAAAUUUUCAAGUAUUUUAUAGAUAUAUUUAAAACUAAAUGAUAAAUUAUUUUUGUUUCAUUGAUGUUAUGAACAAUGCAGUAAUCUAAAUGAAUUGAUUAUAAUACUUAUCCUUUGCUUAAUUGAAAUUACAUAUUUUUAUCAUGUAUCAUGGUUCGACAAAGGCUUCCAAACAUUAAUGGUGUAAGAAGUGGUAAACAUUUCGUUGCAACUCUUGUUGCGGGUGUGAUUUUUGGAUUUCUUUCUGCAUGCUUUUUAAUAGCAACUACCAGAAAUGUGCCAUAUGUGUUUAACUGGUUUUCUGGUAGAUCAACUCAUUCUAGAGAUCCCCAUCAUUAUUCAGAAUUGGAAUUAGAAGUUGGACCUGAAACAGAAGUAAAGUUUCAUGGUGAAGAUGAAGAUUUUCACAGAGGUGAAGACAAAGUUGCACAAGAUCUUGCAAAAAAAGUACGUGUUCUUUGUUGGAUCAUGACAGGCCCAAAUAAUCAUCAAAGUAAAGCGCAACAUGUAAAAGCAACAUGGGGCAAACGAUGUAAUAUUCUUUUAUUUAUGAGUUCUGUGGAAGAUACUAAGUUACCUACAGUUGUUUUGCCAGUAAAAGAAGGUAGGGAAAACCUAUGGGCAAAAACCAAAGAAGCAUUUAAAUAUGCUUAUGAAAAGUACAAAGACGAAGUUGAUUGGUUUAUGAAAGCUGAUGAUGAUACAUAUGUGAUAGUAGAAAAUCUACGGUACAUGUUAUCAUCUUAUAAUCCAAGUUCGCCGCUGUAUUUUGGCUGUCGAUUUAAACCAUAUGUCAAACAAGGUUACAUGAGUGGUGGCGCCGGAUAUGUACUUAGUAAAGAGGCUUUACGGAAAUUUGUGGAGAAUGGUUUAACUGAUAAAACUAAGUGUCGCGGAGAUAAUGGAGGUGCCGAAGAUGUGGAAAUGGGAAAGUGCCUAGAAAACGUCGGUGUUAAAGCCAUGGAUACUCGGGAUCCACAUGGCCGCGGUAGAUUCUUUCCGUUUGUGCCAGAACAUCAUUUGAUACCCAACCAUGUGGAUAAAAAUUUUUGGUAUUGGAAGUACAUUUAUUAUGACACGAAAGACGGUCUCAAUUGUUGCUCUGAUAGUGCAAUAUCAUUUCAUUACGUGUCACCUAAUAUGAUGUAUGUUCUCGAGUACUUAAUUUAUCAUUUAAGGCCGUAUGGCAUUACGCAUGCUGCGGAUAAACUUACUGAAGCGCAGUCGAUUACUGUAUCAACUGAACACUAGUCUUUUUAUUGUUUUAAUUGAAACACUGAAAAUAGCGAUCAGUGAGUAUCAGUUUUAAAAUCUUGAAUCUCAGCGAAAUUCAUCUGUACUCGACCUCAUUACCAAGUAUAAGCACCAACAACUAUUUUAUGUCCUUGUUUUUAUGUAUACAACGCUAGUCCAUUCAGGCCAACGAAUUUAACCAUGAAUAUGUUCACUGAAAGAUAACAUGUGUGAUAUAUAAUAUUAUUACAUAUUAUAUAAUAUAUAUAAUAUAUAUACACAGAAAGUGAAUCAUCUAAUUUAACCACUUAAAAGUCUUGAUUGCUUGUUGUAUAAAAAAAUGUUUUAAACAAAAGUUGUAUGAUAUCAGGAAGGAUAUGUAGUAUAAUUAGAAUUUUGUAGAUAAGCAUUUAAAAUAAAAAAUUAUUAAGACAUUCUUAAAAAAAAUUACGAUAUAAUGAAGUCUGUGUGGACAAAAAAUGUGUACAACACUUGGCUGAAUAAUUUUCAAACGUAAAUGCAAAUUGAAAAUUAAUGAAUGUGAUAAGUAUUUGUAACAGUGUAAAAAUAAUAAUAGUGAAAAGUGACCAUAUAAAUCUUAUUUAUAGUGCAUGUUGGCGAACAUCGCUUCAGAUUCAAAUCAUUUAAAAAAUACCUUGAUAAUUAUCAUGUGUUUUUAAAAGCAUAAACCUCCAUGAUUCUUUUUCAGGAGAAUUUAAUAUUCUUUUAAGUUCAAUAACCUAGAGUGAAUCUUAUAUUUUCAUGAAAAAAUUAAUUAAUAAAAAUGUAAUUAUUAUACUAUAUAACCUUCUGAUAUUGUACAAUUUUUGUUUCAAACAGUCUUGAAUAUAAUAAACUGUUUCAAUGUAAAGUGGUUAAGCCAACCGAUUCACUCUAUAUACAGGGUAUUUAACUACUCUUAGUAAAUAUUUUAAGAAGUGAUUGUACAAGUCAAAAUAAGAUGAAAAUCAAAAAUAAUAAAAUUGCGAUUUCGACUUACUUUUCAAAUAAUUAACGAUUAAAAUUCACCAAUAAUGAUCUAUGGGUCAGGUGAAUAAGAGAAGGAAUAGUAAUAAGCAUCAUGUGUAAAUUAGAUACUUGAUCGAAAGUUGUGGUCACUUUUUUGAAAAAAGAAAACUCAUUUGGAACCCAUUGCACAACAUUAAAUUUAUUUAUCAACUGAAAUAUCAGUACUUAUUAUGUGCUAGGAUUGUCCUGAUAAAAAGUGUUCAUCAUUGAUUAUUUCUUGUUCAUCAGAAUACUUUGCGUGGCACACAAGAUAUAUCUUUACAAAUUAAAAACUAAACAAAAAUUAUAAUUACAAACUAUAAGCAAAUGAAAAUGAUGUAGAUUUUUCGGGAUACAAAUAUUCCCCGUGAAUUAUGAUUUAAUAAUUAUAGUUUUGUCGAAACAGUUGUCAAACUGAGAAAAAACUGAAAGGUGUUACAAGAAGGAUGAGGCAGAGAUCAAUGACAAAUUUACGAUAAGCAUUUAAUGCAGAAGUGCACGAAUAAAAUGUUGUCAGUGACGAAAUAAGUUGCAAUCGUACUUCAAUAAAUCACAGAAUUUUAGACAAACUUUUUUAAACGAAAAUGAUUUAGCUACGUCUUAUUUUAUUGUUUAAUUCAUAUACUUAACUGUAAAUAUUAAAUUACUAGAAUAUUAUGUUUAAUUCAAUAAUAUCAUACGUUGCGUACUGUGCAUUUCUGCUUAAGAAAAUAAGAAACCAUGAUCAACGUUUGUUUUUCUGAAUCAUUUUGGACAAGAUCACAGUUUGCUUUUAAUCUCAUAUAAUCGAUUGACCUUGUUGAUUUUAGAUACAUAAAUUUCAUUUCUCUAUAUAUUGUAACUCAUAUUCUUUAAAUUAAGUAUACUUGGAAAAUGAAUAAUAAUUCUAUUUGUAUUUGAUAUAGAAAUACACAGAAAUUUUGUCAUAACUGCGUAAUCGCUAUAUAUUAGGGACACAUAUAAGUAGAAUAUUUGCAGUGUGUAAUACAUAUCUGCAUUUACGAUGUAGGCGAAUCGAUGACUGAUAGUACUCGAGGAAAAAAAAUGUUAUCAAAUAAAUAUUCAUCCUCCUCAGUUAAAAGUUUAAUAAGAUGGAUAUUAAAUAUAUCGUAUAAUAAGUAUUAAAGUUACUGGAGUCGUAGAUAACAAUUUUGAAGUAAAUGUCUGUGUUUCGCAUGGUACGUUACUGACUGCGUUUCUCCGGACCUGAUUUACACGUGGUGCUAUUGGCAGAUCAUUAUAGCUGCGGAAAUAUUUUGAAUUGUUAAUAGUUUAAAAACGAACUUGAAGCCAAAAUCUCAAUUUCAUUAGUUCUGAUUUUCGUUCGAUUUUGAGAUAUAGAAUCAUGUUUUAAAAUUUGUUCCACAUGUAGAUGAAAACCCUGUAUAUUAUUUAUACAUACCUAUACGUAAUGAUGAGAAGUUUAUAAUUUCACUACACGAGAGUAAAGUAGGGUACACUGAUAUACAUGUUACAAGCAUAUCAGAAAUGCUAUUGCAUCCUAUUAUUUUAUCGGCGAGUGACUUGUAAGAUUAUCUUAUCUAUGAAUGUGCAAAGUAAGGAAUGUAGUAAUACUUAUUGUGUACAUAGUAAAAUAAUUUUUAAGUUAUUGAUAAUAAUCUUGUAAAAUACUUUUUUCUCAGAAUAAAAACGAAACAGCACUUAAACAUUUGCAUUUUCCAAACGUUAAUCUCCUGAAAAAAUAAAUAACAUAUACUUGGUAUCAUUGAUUUCAAGACAUUGGGACAGUUGUAAGUAAAAUUCCCUACAAAAAGAAAAAGACAAAAAGAAAAGAUAUUACCUAAUAAUUUCAUUUAUAAAUUUGUUAUUUUUCGUACACUGAGGACGCACUUUUCUUGCGAGAUUUUCAAGCAGGGAUAUCAGAAACAACGAUCGAAUUCAACGGAAUGUUCACAGAGAUAUGAAAACGCCAUGGCGUUUCCACUAUGCUUGCAACAUCGACACUGUCAAAUAUGCGUUUCAUACGAAAUGAGGUAUAUAAUUAUAUAUACACAUAAAACUGUAUUUCGUAAUAUUAAUAUAAUAAUAGUAAUAAUAAUUAAUAAUAAUAAUAAUCCCAA